AAAGAAAAAAGUCGCCCGGAAUAUUUGGUGGGUCCUAUUUUUAUACACAUUUUUUGUUUUGAAUUUCUUGCUGCGUAACGAAGGGAAGCUCAUGCGCAUAAGCGUCGCAUUCUGCUCCCCCGUUUUUCUUUUUCAAGUGGAGAAGGGGGGAGGAGGGAGAGGAGGAGGUGUAAUCCGCGCAGACGCCGUUCAUUUCAUGGCGGCCGUCGUCGUCGUUCAUCGCCGUCGCCCGCGUCAGCCGCACGUUCACAUCUCCGUGGAUCUUUCAACUCCAUCACACAAUUCACCGUAACAAACAUUUCUCUCGUUUGUUUCAAUUGAAACUAAACGGACGUCACUUCUUUAUUCGGGGUGGCGGCUUCCAUUUCCGACACGAAAUUCUUUCUGACAUUCUUCUUCUUCUUUCUGGUGGUGGUGGUUGUUGGUGUUGGAUCUCCUCUUUGGCGAUUCAAAAAUAGCCAAAAGACUAACCAUUUCGUUAUGGCAUCGACGAAACGGUUGCGCAGCCGUACGGUUCAACAGCCAGAAAAGAAACAAAACCAACAGCAACAAAUUGUGAAAGAAGAAGAAGACGAGCCAGUGACUGAGGAAGAAGAAGAAGAAGAAGAUGAGGAGGAGGAGGAUGAAGAAAUGGUCUCCAGUGACGAAGAAGAAUUGGACGAGGAAGACGAAGAAGAAGAAGAAACAGGAUCGAAGAAAACCGGCAAAAAGAAACACAUUUGCUCCACGUGUCACAAAGGAUUCGGUGCCAAAUCCGACCUCCAAAAACACAUCCGCAUCCACACUGGAGAACGACCGUUCAAAUGCGACGUGUGCCAACAGGCCUUUACUCAGGUGGGCACUUUCAAGGCCCAUUUGGCUCGCCACACGGGACUCAAACCUUUUUGUUGCGAAAUUUGUGGCAAAGCCUUCCCUGUCAAACAGCGACUCAUCGUUCACCUGCGUGUCCAUUCGGGAGAGAAACCCUACGCUUGCAGCCAUUGCGGGAAGAAGUUUGCACGAGGCGGUCAAUUGCUGCAGCACGAACGAACGCACACUGGCGAGCGGCCAUAUCAGUGCGACCAGUGCGAUCAGAGAUUUACCUGUUCUACCAACCUCAAAAUGCAUUUGAGACGACACACGGGAGAGAGGAAUUACCCGUGUCCGGUUUGCGGCAAAGCUUUUGCCCGAUCUGACGGGUUGCGCAAACAUUUGAGCUGCUACCACGGCGGCAUGAAACCCUUCCAGUGUCCAGUCUGCCAGCGAUCCUUCAAAGGGCAUUUCCUCCAACAUUUGCGCACUCACACGGACGAAAAACCCUUUAGUUGCGAAACUUGUGGCCACAGCUUUGCACAGCGUUCGCAACUCAAAGUCCACAUGCGAACGCACACUGGCGAGCGACCGUACAAGUGCAAGAUAUGCAAACAGGCCUUUUCCCACUCGACGGCACUCAAGUUGCACAUUCGACUGCACACGGGCGAAAAGCCUUUCCAGUGUCAACUCUGUUCUUCCUCUUUCCUCCAACUGCCUCACCUCAAGAAACACAUGCGCUGCAUCCACAAACAAGACCGGCCCUACGUCUGUCUGCCGUGCAACGAAUUCUUCCAGACGAAAAAUGAACUGACGUUGCACACGGCCUCGCACAACGCCAAAGAAAAUCAGGAAGAUCAAGAGAACCAAGAAGAGACGGACAAUGACGAAGAGAAUUCAUCCGCCAACAACGAACCGUCCACCGAUCAACAACCCAACAACAAGACGCAAUUGGUCGAGCUGCCCAACGGCACUAAAAUUGAAUUGCAAAACGUUCAAAACGGUCAGCUAAUGUCCCUGGAGCGAAUGCGGAUGCUAUUGGCUAUUCUUUUGAAACGCAUUUCCACUCCCAAUCGACUGCGACGUCUCGGCUACGGAUCCAAAUUGAUCGAUAUUGUUCUGGUCAAGUCGAUCGAGAGCUCGGGACGCAAGCCAGUCGAUAACGCGACGGCGGGAUCGGUAUCCGAACUCGACACGAGAUCCAUGCUAAAGGGAAAUAUCGAGAUCCUUCUCGACUGGACUAUACCGCGAGAAUACAUGGAUCAUUUUCGUCAGGAAAAGAAGACGGUAGAAGAAAUCCUGGAAGAACUCACGUCUUAAUUAUCGUUUUUUUCUUUUUUCUUGUCUGCCGGCGUGAGUAUUUGAUGUUGUCGUUAUUUUAUCCGCCUGUCUGAUUUCAUCCCCAUAAAAUUCAGCCAUUUCCAUUUUAAUUAUUGCCUAAUAUUGUCAAUAGAACACGCGUGCAAAAAUUGCUAGUCGUACAAGAGAAGACGUUGGUGCUUCAAUUUCAUUCACACCAUAUGAGUAUCUCUUUUUUUUUUUUAAAUUUUCCUAUCAUUUUUUGUGUGCUCCAUAAUAUUGAAACUAUAACUUGUCAUUUUGGUCAAUGGUCUUGUUUAUUCAUAAUUUCGUUUUGUUUGUUCACCAAAGUCAAUAGAGUAAUUUUGUCCAUUGCA